AUGUGGGAGUUUCCGUACUUUUCUGUCCGGUCUACUGCAAAUAUCUUGCACGUCUUUACUGUUGGUUCAUGUACAUUCUAUUCGGUCGUGAUAUGCAUGCAGCGAGAAGACAUCCGACCUGAGCUCGGCUUCUCUGGCAUAGCCCCGGCUGCAGACCUUUUCUGCACACCGUCCAUUGUCUAUCGUUUGAAGGAUUUUCCGACAUCAAGCUCCAUCCUCGGAUGGAUUAUCUUUCCUCACGAGGCAAGUGGACCUGAAGUGCGCCUCGAUUUGAGAGCCCGAGAGGUGGAACUACCGCGAGCCUGGGCCCGUGGACAGAUUCCAGCCAGUCGCUCUACGAGCCCAUUCUGUUAUUUAUGUGCUGGCCUGAAUGGUUGGUCGUGGACACCUGUUUUGUUUGUAAAUGAUCCCUUUUAUUUCGCAAAAUGCUCUCGCCAACUUGACUUUGUCUCCCGUUCUCGUCUCGUCCAUUUGGUGCCUAGGCCCGGAGACGUAUACGGAUUUAAUGGCUUCACUUAA